AUUGAAGGAUUCUCAUUAAACAAAUUAAAUAAUUUUCAUCUGAAAGAAGUCGAGAAUGAUGCUGUGGUGUGGGAGCAUAACCCCAUUGAUGAUUCUGAUUUGCCACAAGAAACUUCCCCUAGAACGGACAAGGUUCCCUUAGUAUUUGGUUCAGGACAGCAGUGUUCAGCACCUGCUGGUCAGCUCUGGGUGGAACUGCUUCGUUUCUAUGCCUUGGAGUUCAAUAUGGCAGAGUUAGUUAUUAGCAUACGACUCAAAGAGACAGUGUCUCGUGAAUCAAAGGACUGGCCUAAAAAGCGCAUUGCUGUGGAAGACCCAUAUUCAGUCAAAAGGAAUGUUGCAAGAACUGUAAACAGCCAGCUAGUGUAUGAGUAUAUUCUUCACUGCCUGAGAGCAUCUUACAAGUAUUUUGCCUUGCCUCACAAAAAAAAUGCAAAAAUGAGCAGAAAAUCUUCUCCAGAUGACAAUGAGAAGAAAUCCCAAAUACUGGAUCAUGGAAAAGAUGCUAUAAAGCAUGAAAAUUCUGAGUUGCAAAACUUGGAGGGUAGAACAAACACAGCUGUAGUGGAAGAUCACAUAACGGAGACUACAGGUACACCCCAGGAACAUAGAACUGAUCCUUCAAAACGGUGUGAUGGCUCAGAAAGCUUCACAGAAGAAGAACUGGCUGAUGAAAUAAGUCAUUUGGGAAUUGCCCAUGAAGAUUCAGACUGCAUAAUUGAGGAAGUCAUUUCUGGAGAUAAUGAAGAUUUUAAACCAAGUUGUGAAGAGACAGAGAGUGGAAAUGAAGAAGAAGAGGAGGAAGAGGAAGAACAUGAGCAACAAAAAAGAAGAUGGAAUGAUAUCUUGACUACCAAGCAGGGAAUAGAUGAAGACAGUGAUAGUGGAGAUCUCGCUGUUACAGUGAAUGACCAUGAUAUAGAGACAUGUAGUACUUCAGACUUGGAAGGUUUCCAAAAUGCUGCACUUACAGAGAGUGAUGAGUUUGGCUUAGACUGCAGUGGUAUAAUGGAUGACCCCAGGGACAUCGAUGAGGAGAGCACUGAAGGUACUGAUGAACUGGAUGAGUCUCCCAAAAAAUUCAUACAUUCUGCACAGAGUCAGAUAUCCCCAAUUAUUAACUCGGAUGAUGAGGAGGAAGAGGAGGAAGAACCAAGUCUUCUAAACCAGAGUGAGUGUGGUGUUAUCAUAAGAGCAGGAGAUGAACUAGAUAACACAUGCACUGGAUCUGGAGAUGAUGAUGCACCAUCAGAGGAAGAAGAUUUUCCCAUCCCAAAUAAAUAUGAGGACAAACAUUUUGAAGAAGAUGUAGAUGGACCUCUGAGGGUCAGUAUGAGUCAAGAGAAUCUUACUGAGAAAGGAAGCCUUCUUGAAGAGACCAGCACAGCAGCAAAACAGUGUUUAGAAUCUGAACUCUUUUAUGAAUUCAGUAAACCAGCUUUUACAAAGGGCAAGUCUCCUACAAUAGUGUGUAGCUUGUGCAAACGGGAAGGUCAUUUAAAGAGGGAUUGUCCAGAAGACUUCAAGAAAAUUGAGCUUGACCCACUGCCAGCGCUGACACCCAAAUUUUCAGUUAUUCUAGAUCAAGUUUGUGUCCAAUGUUACUAUGAUUUUGCUCCAAAUAUUGUAGAGGAUCAGGCUCGGGAACUUAUAAGACAAAACUUGGAGAACUUCAUUAGGCAGGAUUUCCCAGGAACAAAGCUGAAUUUGUUUGGCUCCUCAAAAAAUGGCUUUGGCUUCAAACAAAGUGACCUUGAUAUCUGCAUGACGAUGGAUGGGCUGGAAACUGCUGAGGGACUCGAUUGCAUCAGAAUCAUUGAAGAUUUAGCAAAAGUUCUCAAGAAACAGCAAGGUUUAAGAAAUGUCUUGCCUAUAACAACUGCUAAAGUCCCAAUUGUCAAAUUUUUCCAUGUCAGAAGUGGUCUUGAAGUAGACAUCAGUUUAUAUAACACUCUGGCCUUGCAUAACACAAGACUCCUGGCAUCAUACGCAGCCAUUGAUCCUAGAGUAAAAUACCUGUGUUACACAAUGAAAGUCUUUACGAAGAUAUGUGACAUUGGAGAUGCAUCUCGGGGUAGCCUGUCUUCUUAUGCGUAUACUCUUAUGGUGCUUUAUUUUCUUCAACAGAGAAACCCACCCGUCAUCCCUGUUCUUCAAGAGAUCUACAAAGAACCAAAAAAACCUGAAGUUUUAGUUGAUGGCUGGAACGUUUAUUUCUUUGAUAAGAUAGAGGAGUUGUCGGAUGUCUGGCCAGACUGUGGCAAAAACACUGAAUCUGUUGGGCAACUGUGGCUGGGACUUCUUCGUUUCUACACCGAAGAAUUUGAUUUUAAAGAGCAUGUCAUCUGCAUUAGGAGAAAAAGUCUGCUUACAACUUUUAAGAAGCAGUGGACCUCAAAAUACAUUGUAAUUGAAGACCCCUUUGAUUUGAACCACAAUCUUGGAGCUGGAUUGUCAAGAAAAAUGACAAAUUUUAUAAUGAAGGCUUUUAUCAAUGGCAGAAGGGUAUUUGGUAGCCCUGUAAAAAUAUUUCCUAAAGAAUAUUCAUCAAAAAUGGAGUACUUUUUUGAUCCAGAGGUACUAACAGAAGGAGAAUUGGCACCAAAUGAUAGAUGCUGCAGAAUCUGUGGUAAAAUUGGCCAUUUUAUGAAAGAUUGUCCCAUGAGAAGAAA